CGGCUUCUCCGAUCUGACUUUUCUUUUCUUUCUCUUUUAAAUUGACCCUUGAGUACGUUUUAUGCUGUUCAUGAUUAUUAAACUCUUCCCUAUUUGAGAUGCAAUGCAUCGUUUGGAGCUAUAGAGUUUUACUAUAAAAGGAACACAAACCUACAUAAAAACUCAUCGGUAUCUCUUAGCAUUACCAAAAAAAAUAUACAUAUAUAUUUUCAUAUUCUUUUUCACGUUUCAAUGGAGUACAUGGAUCAAAAAGAAGUGUCUAAUAAUGUUCUUUCUCAUACAUCCGAUGGAGAAAAUGCUUGUUCUUCAGGAUCCUGUGUUGAAAAGAAGCUCAGAUUAUUUGGAUUUGAGCUUAAUCCAAGCAACAAUAGCACUACUGAAAUUUUCAAAGUAUGUACUGAAGGAGAUGACAGUGUCAACUCAUCGACCACCGUUUCAUAUGCAACCGAGAAGCAACCAAACAAGGAUAAAACCUCACCGGGUGAUCAACCGGACGACAAGAAGUUUGAGUGCCAAUAUUGUUUCAAAGAGUUUGCAAAUUCACAGGCGUUGGGGGGUCAUCAAAAUGCCCACAAGAAGGAGAGAAUGAAGAAGAAAAGACUGCAACUUCAAGCCAGAAAAGCCAGCAUCAACUGUUAUCUUCAACCUAUUCAAAACAAUCUGAAUUUCAAUUACCAUGCCUCCAAUGCGUGGUUUUAUGAUCCUUCCAUCUAUUCUCCCGAUCAUUUCACUGUCUACGAUCAGGAAUCUCAGAUUAGUUUCAGUUCACGGGAUCAAGAUGCGUCUCAGCUAUCAAAUUGGUACACCAUACCAACUCAUCAUGUUCCUUUUCAACAAGAUUCUUGCAUGUUCACUUUAACACAGGCUGAAAAAUCCCAAGAUAAAAGAUCUGUCAUCAUCCCGCCUUCACCUUUGUCUUCUUCAAAACAAAGCUGUAAAUCUCUGGAUCUUCAGUUAGGCCUCAGCUUGCAAAGUGGGAUAUAACUUAUUCAUAGUAUAGGAAAAUAGUGCUAUGUCUUCUCUAGGGAUAUGAAUUUUUUCGAUUUAUAUUUACAGACUGAUAUGCAUAUUGAAUAAAAAAUUCCUAAUACUUGGCUGGUACGUCCGGCAUCCGCUGUACCUCACGAGCAAAAAAUAAAAAAAAAA